AGAUCCACUCAGAAGGAAGUCCAUCCUUUUUUUACAGAUCUCAUAUACCUGGUAAUUAUUUUAAGACUUUUAUCUUCUCCAAUAAAUUCAUGUGAGAUGGCUCUCUUACAAUAUAGUUACAACCAAUGACUACGCUAAGAAAGAUCACCUCUGUAAACUAGCUACUUCUAGGGACACCACUGGAGCUUGUUAUGCCAGGAGUCAACCUUGCAGGUCAAAGAAAUCAAAGUACUUUUAAAUCCCCACUUCCAUGCCACCAGAUAUGGAAGCUGAAGUUUGCAAGACUCUGGAACGCGUCUAUAGCUGAAUACAAUAAUAAACCAAGGGUAUUGCCUUUCCCCCAGACCAGAUUUUGGAUGGGAAGUCUAAAGAUGGAAGAGCCAUGGUGGAAAGGAGACCUUGCAGCAGAGAUUCAUCAGACUUUGAGGUUGAAGGAGCUGAAGCUGCCCGUGUACAAGGCCCAUUCUCCGCAAAUCGGGAUGCGGCGCUAUUUUGCUGACCUCUUGGCCAUCCUCAGCAGCCGCUGCCAGCUCUGCCCCACAGCCCGACACCUUGCUGUGUACUUGCUGGAUCUCUUUAUGGACCGCUAUGAUGUUGCUGUCAAACAGCUAUAUGUCAUCUCAAUUGCCUGCCUCCUCCUUGCAAGCAAGUUUGAAGAGAAGGAGGACAAGGUGCCCAAACUGGACCAGCUGAACAGCUUUGCUUACAUGUGCAGCCUUAACCUGGCGCUAACGAAGAAAGACCUGCUGAAGAUGGAACUUCUGCUCCUGGAAACUUUUAACUGGAAUCUCUGUCUGCCAACCCCGGCACAUUACAUCGAUUACUACCUCUUUGCCUCCGUUAGCGAGAGCGAUCUUCACAAUGGCUGGCCUAUCACGUCCGUGACCAAAGUCAGAGCUUUCAUGGAGAAAUAUUCUCACUAUUUCCUAGAAGUCUCGCUGCAAGAUCAUGUUUUUCUCUCGUUUCGGCCUUCUCUGGUUGCUGCUGCUUGCGUGGGAGCCUCGCGCAUCUGUCUUGAGGUUUCUCCUUCUUGGACCGCACAGCUCCAGCUGUUAACUUGUUAUUCCUGGGAGCAUCUUGCUCCAUGUAUCGAACUCAUGCUUGUAGCUCAUGAUAAGGACAUCAAAGAAGCCAACAAGGAAAAGGACCGCGUGAAGCUGUUGCAGCAGCAGCAGCAAGUUGUGGAAAGCCUCAGCCUUCAAACCCCGACUCAAGUUCUCUUCCAGCAAUCGCGUUACCAUCCCCUGGCUCAGCAUUCGGCUGUCGUUCCGCAGUUCCACUCCCCAAUCCAGGAUCUGUGCUCGGCUUACCGGGACUCUUUACAAGCUCCUCGACUGAGUGGCCUUGCCUCGGGCCACCAUAGUGAUUCCCUGCAUUCCUACUCCACCCUGCAGGCCAGCUUUCAGCCUGUUUUGCAAACAGUGUCCAUUCAAGGGCCUAUCACCAUGCAGGUAGCCAUUUCAACGGAGCCCAGGCACUGCCUCGCUCUGACCUAUGGCAGUAGCUAUUUUAGCGGGCAUCCUUCUUACACAACAGGUUGUUUUGAUGGAUGAGCACCUGCAGAGGAAGGGGGGAAGACAGGACCAGUACAUCUUGGAAGGAAAACAUUGGUGGUAUGUAAACUGAGUUGCACCUGCCACCAUAGAAAGGAGCUCAAUGAAGCAACUACUUGCCAAUAGCUUGGACAAAAACAAAUCCCUCGUUGAUUUUUCUUUUUUCUUUUUAACAUUUAAAACAUGGGUGCCUUUCCUGCAGAAGCAAGAUUUUUCUGAGAAGAAAUGCAAAAAUAUACCUCGAAAUUCAUGAUGCUACUUUUGCAAGAGUGACUUACUGAAAUU